ACAGACCGUGUCUUACUCACAGCUCGCGCUUCUCCUCAUAUUUAUCAAGUUUUCUCCUCGCCCCUUCCUUCUGACGGCUCACUGACGGAGGCAGAAGGACGAGAGGUGACCAGAGAAGGCUUGAGAGAUGAGAGGGAGGAGAGACACGGCGAGAUAAAGCCACAAGACCACAAAGAAGUGAAGAGCAGAAGAGGAGAAAGAAGAUCAAGGAGGAGGAAGAGGAGGAAUAAAAGAAAAAAAAAAGAACCAGAAAUAGAAAUUGAAAGUAGUGGAAAAAAAAAAGGAGGAGGAGGAAGAGAAGAAGAAUAGGAAGAAAAAAAGGAAAAGAAGAAUUGAAAGGAUAGAAAAAGGAGGCUUAUUAUAAACUGAAACAAAAAAAAGAAGAAAGAAGAAAUAGUAUAAAUAAAAACAGUAAAACAAAAAAAGAACAAGAAGAAAAAAAGAUGAAGAAAAAGUAGAAAAAAACAAACAAACAAAAAUGUCUGCCACAGCACAAAGAAAACGAAGCAUUUUUGAUGAUUCCGACUCAGACAUUGAUGACCCCCCCUCCCCCACUCUCCCCCCUGGCCCGGAAAUCCCAGAACCUCCCCCUCCGACCCCCCACACCCCCCCUGUGGUCCCCAACCCUGCGACAAAGAAAAUGGAGAACAAGAGAGGAGGAAGAGGAAGAGGAGGAGUGAAGGAGGUUAAGGAAGACGAGGAGGAUGGAGGAAGAGGGCAAAGAAGACAAGUUAAGAAGAUUAGAGAGGAAGAAGAGGAGGAGGAGGGAAGAGGAAGAAAGCAAGGAAGAAGAAAAGUCAAGAAGGUAAUAGAAGAGGAAGAGGAGGAGGAAGAAGAAAUUGAAGAAGUCCAAAGAGGAAGAGGGAGAAGAGGAAGAGGAAGAGGAAGAGGAGGAAUAAGACAAGUAAAGAAGAUAAAGAAAGAAUCUGAGGAGAAGGAGGAGGAGGAGGAGGACAAGACGAAGGAAAAGAAAAACAAGAAAAAGGAAAAUAAAGAAGAAAAUAAAAACCAGAACAAAGAAAGCAAGAGGGAGACGAACAACAAACACAAAACGCAGCAAGAGAUGGACCAAGAAACACUGACUGAAAUUGAGCGAGAGAUUGAUGAAGAGGAGAAAAUAAAGCUGGAGAUUGAAGCUAGGGAGAUAGAUGACGAAGCUAGGGAGAUAGAUGACAUGGAGGAGAGGGAGAGUGGGAGAGUGAAGCUGACCCCUGCACAGAAAGCUUUAGUGGAACAGAAGAGACAGGAGGCUUUGGUUAAGAGGAGAGAGAAAGCAAACAAGAGGAACCCUUACUACAUGGCUGAGAGGGAGAAGGUGGAGAAGAAAGUGGUUCGGAUAAACAACACAAAAAUGGUAGAUUCUGGAGGAGGGUUCUUCAUUGAGGAGGAGGAGGAAGGAGGAGAAGGAGGAGUGAGUAAGGAAGAUAUAAUGGCAGCGAUGCAGUUGGUGUCAGAUCCUGCUCCGUUCCUGGAGGAGGAGGACAGGCCGGUGUGUGGGAGCUGUGAGCGUAUCUUCCACACCUCUUACCUCCUUGACCACUUCGGCCACCCGGUGUGCGACCAGUGCAGGGACCCAGAGGAGGCGCACACACUGAUCACACGGACAGAUGCGCGUCAGGAGUACCUGCUGAAGGAUGUGGACAUGGACAAGAGGGAGCCGCCGCUGAGAUACAUUGUGCGUGCCAACCCUCACAACUCGGCCUGGGGUGACAUGAAGCUGUACCUCAAACUGCAGGUUGAGAAGAGGGCACUGGAGGUGUGGGGGUCAGAAGAGGCACUGGAGGAGGAACUGCAGAGGAAGGAGGAACAGAAGCAGAAGAACAAACUCAAGAAGUACAACAAGAAAAUGAAAGAGCUGCGGAUGAGUGUGCGCAGCAGCCUGUACACACGAGCCAGCAAGACGCACACACACACGUAUGGCGAGGAGGUGUACAUGCCUGACGAGGACGAGUAUAUGCGUACAUGUGACUCUUGUGGCCACUCCUACACCUAUGACAAGAUGUAGUGUGUGUGUGUGUGUGUGUGUGUGUGUGUGUGUGUGUGUGUGUGUGUGUGUGUGUGUGAGAGUGAGAGCAAAAUAAUGUAUGAGUAAAAAAAGAGAGAUGGUUCAUGACAGAAUCUCAGGUUUUAGAGAGAGAGGGAGAGAGAGAGAGAGAGUUCACAAUUCAUAAUCUCAGGUAUUUUCACAAACACUCAUGAAAACUGUAUCAUCAUUAUUUUUUACAUCUGUCUUGUUACAGUGCACUGCCAGAAUACACCAGUAGUAGUAGCAGUAGGAGUAGAAGGGGUAUGUGGGGAGGGGGAGGAGGUACAAGGAAGAGACAAAUAGUUUUUCUAUUUGCAAUUAUUUCUUAAUUCUUUCUCAUUUAGGUUAGGUUACAGUAGAACCAUUUAGCACUGAGUGUUUAGGUGUGGCUCCCCUGUGGAUUGGUCUCCUCUCUGCCCUGCCAGGUGUGCAGGUGUGGUCAUGAGUCAUGUCCUGCUCUGUUGCCAUGAAUUGUGACCAGUUCAGGUUGGAAGGCUUGAACAGCAGUGUGUUGUGAGAUGAGUGUGAGGUGCCUGCGAGGGGAGGGACUUGAGCUGGUUGUCAUUCACGACAAGAAAGCACAACACAACUUGUGGUCGCACCUGACAUGAUCCAGGAACACCCACACCUGCAAGUGCAGGUCUUCCUGCAGCCUUUUUGUAAUAAGAGAUAUGCCUUUAUAUUUUUCGCCAUAAGUUUUUCUGAGUACCAUGCAGCACAGGAGAACGUGAGGCAGGUGUGGGAGUGAGGAAGGGGAAGUGUUCAUUGUAAUGGUGACCAGAGGGAGUAGCCUGGGUGACUUGCCUCUGCCUGGCCUUGGCACCAUUGCACAGCACUGUGUUGUCAUGGUACACACAUCACAGUCUUUGCCGUUGUCCCCAAAAAAACAAACAUUCAUAAUAUUUUCUCAGCAUUAACCCUUUCACUGCUAAUUUGGGUCAUCUUUCUUUAAUCCUUAACCACUUUGAGAUAUCUCUUCUAGUUGUGUAGCCAUCCACAAACAUCUUGCUGGCUAGAAGCUGCAAAAUCUUUACUUUUUAUUCCCUUUCAUUCUUGUAGAUGCUUAUAUAGGUUUCAUAUUUUGCUUUCAGUGUUGUAAAUUGUUACAUAUGACAGUGACAGUUAAAAAAGAAAUGCAUGUUCAGAUUCCUGUGAAGGCAGUAAACAGUUAACACAUCACACUGAGGGAACACACACAAAUGCCUAAACACUCACUAUAAAAUGGAUUUACUAGUAGCAGGUUAGGUUAGUAGUAGUAGUAGGAGGAGGAGGAGGAGGAGGAGGGAGUGGAGGAAGAGUCAACCAGUUUGUCCAUUUGUAACCAUUACUAACCUCUCAGUCUGUUUCCUCUUCCUCUUAUCCUCUAAACUCCUUCAUUUCUUCCUCCUCCUUUUGCUCUUCUCUUUCUCUAAGCCUCUUCAUUCCCUCCUCCUCUUCCUCCUCUCUCCAAACUCCUUCAUUUCCUCCUCCUCCUUUCUUUCUCUAAACUCCAUUUUUUUCCUCUCUCUUCCUCCUAAACAUGCACUAAACUUAAUUACCUUCUCUUCUAUCUUUGUAUUCCUUCUCCUUUCUUAAUUUUCUCCUCUUCUCUUUGUUCUUGUCUUCCUAAUUUUCUUCAUCCUCCUCCUCCACCCUUUCAUCACCUUCCUUUUCUUUUCCUUAUUCUUCACUCAUUUGUGUUUUAUCUUCUUUUUGAAUAUAUGCAUUCUCUCUCUCUCUCUCUCACACACACACACAAUCAAUUCCUUUAACACAAAUAUACAAUCUCUUUUUAUUACACAAUUUUUUUUACCUACAAUCUGUUAUAUUUGAAAAAGUGUGUGUGUGUGUGUGUGUGUGAUGCCUCUCUAAUACCCUCAUAGUGGGGGUUUUUUCUCUCUCUCUAAUUCAUAUGUAGAGAGAGAGAGAGAAUUAAAGAAAAUAGUCAUUAACACCAUACAUUUUCUUUCCAAUACUCUCUCUCUCUCUCUCUCACACACACACACACACACACACACACACACACACACACACACACACACACACACACUCACUCAAAGGGACAAAAGAAACACACACAACAAAACUGACCUUUUUAAUUAUUAGGAAUGGAUCAUACAUCAUCAUCAUCAUCAUCAUCAUUGCUUUGCUUUGUCUGUUCUCUGCUGCUUACUCUUAACUAUUAUUCUCUUCCUUUGUCACUUGUGGUAGAAAAUGGAUGUUUGUGUGUGUGUGUGUUUGGAUGCUGUGUCAGUGUGUGUUUGUGACCUGUGAGAGAGAGAGAGAGAGAGAGAGAGAGAGAGAGAGAGAGAGAGAGAGAGAGAGAGAGAGAGAGAGAGAGAGAGAGAGAGAGAGAGAGAGAUGCAGUGUUUUGUGUGGUGAGUGAGAGAGGGAGUGUGGUUUUAGUGUGUUAUUGUGUGGUGAGUGACUGUGAGUUUGUAAACAUACUGUGGUGUGAUGAGAGAGAGAGAGAGAGAGAGAGAGAGAGAGAGAGAGAGAGAGAGAGAGAGAGAGAGAGAGAGAGAGAGAGAGAGAGAGAG